UAUAACGAAUCCAUCUCUGCUAAGGAAAAUGUCCCCUUUUUCGGCAUCAGGAGGGUUUCCAUCUUUCUUCGCGAUGUUCACGUCAUACACUCCAUCAGAGUUCGUGUUCUUUAUUGUAAAUGUCACCCUCCAGCUUUUACAGAGCCCCUCAUCAGUUCUGAUUCUGAGCAAUUUUUUCUGAUCGAAGCAAAAGCAUUCGAAGACAUGGGCUCCGUCUGGUGCUUGGCAGACGUCCAAUAUGACACCAUGAAAGACUUCAUCUUUAUCUUUGAUUUCAAGUUUAUUCAUCAACAACGUAGCGGUCAGCAAUUCCCGAACAGGCUGUUCAACAUUUCCAAACGCAUCGGUACUGGAGUUGGCCUCCGCGUUCAAGAUAUCCUGGUCUGCCAACAUCUGAUCCUGACAACGCUUAAUCGUAUCCUCAUCGAUAACUUUCUUAAGAAGGUCACUUAUCCGGAACGCAACCCCUUUCGCAAUGGCUUCCUUCGAAGUGUCCCUCUCAACAUAAGUUGA